AUGAAUCCUUGUGAAACUGAGGCUUGGUUCAUUGAUUCCAUUGAGGAAUGGCACAAAGCCAAACACCUUGAAAACUUUGUUCUGCUCGGGCAUGUUUUUAGAAGAUAUAUUGCAGCUAAAUAUGCCUUGAAACCACCACCACCACCAUCGUCAUCUGUCGUUGUCGCCCACCUCCGUCGCCACCCGCCACCGCCGCUGCCACCACAUACCACCGCCGCCCAGCUCCGUCCCUGCCACCCACCGUCGCCACUGCCACCUCCAAUUAUUGCCACUGCCACCUCCGAUCACGGCUGCCACCCACAGCCUCCAUCGCUAUCAACCGCCACCACCGCUACCACCUCCGACCACUCCGGCCAACACCAUCACCACCACCGCCACCUACCUCCACCGUCAUCCAUCACCACCACCGUUGUCACCAUCCGCCGUCAUCUCCGCCCACCACCAUCGCCAACCAUCGCCGCCGCUACAACUGACACCUACACCACGCACCAUCAUCACCCAUCACUGACCGUUGCCACCUACCUCCACCGUCAUCCAUCACCACCACCGUUGUCACCAUCCGCCGUCAUCUCCACCCACUACCAUCGCCAAUCACUGUCGCCGCUACAACUGAUUUUAUUCCUUCAUCUUUUUUCGCAUACCAAACAACAAAAGUAA